UUUACACUAACGAGAGAUUUAUCAUGCAGCCCCUUGAAGCCAUACGAGGUCUAGAAUGCCCAUGGUUCUUCCGCUACCAAGGAAACGACAGACACACGAGAUACAGGCUCUGCAUGGAUUACAUGCGAAGCCAGAUGAGGCGCCAUCCAUCGAGUGGGUAUGUGCCGAACCCAGAAUUCAUUCGACAUGUGUCACAAUUAGAAGAUGCACUGAGAGAUUGGAAGGAGCAUCUCGCGCGUCAGACUGCAGAGCGUAAUCGUAAAAUGGAAGCUGAACGCGAUGCUUGGGUCGACGCUACGAUCGAAGAAUGGGGAUCCGACGAUGGACACGCAACGCAAGAAGAAGACGGCGAAGAGGACGGAAAUUAAUUGCCAGCUGGAGUAUCUAAUUAGCCUGGAAACGGCCCAGCACGAAGAAGAGGAAACCGUGAGAUAACCGUAAGAAACUUGUAUGAUCUUCUGGUAUGGUGGUAUCUUUCGUCACCUGAGUCGGUAAGCCAUCCAUUACGAGCAGUGAAUAUAUGCAUGCGGAAGAAGUUCGUGCGAUUAUGAAGACCUUGCAGGCGAUAGAUGGCAAGUUGGGUGACUCCUAAUACCAGGCGAGGAAUCGGAACCUUGGUG